UCGUUGGUAAUGAAAGAUGCUUGAAGAAAUGUGGUAAACAGCACCAGGGCCUUGAGGAAUUGCCAAAAAUAACACAGGUCUGUUUGUUGUUGUUAGCAUAAACAUUUGUAGAACUUUUAGUCACUCGGAGAAAGGCGGUUUUGCACGUGAGUCACUCGGUUCGUCUUUGGAUUCUACUGCUGGCUUGGCUUUGGUCGUUGAACGGCAGAUUGCAUUACUCUGAGGAACAGAACAAUUCAUGACUCCUUGUGAAUGUUGUGAAUGUUUGCCAGGCCACGUCAGACAACAGCUCAUACACAUGAGUGCUACUUUCUCCUUGAGCUGGGCCCAGCGCCAUGCCUGACCGGGACAGUUCCUACCUGUCAGGUGGUGGUGGGAGUGGUGGUAGUCUGGGUGACGAGGGAGGACCUGGGUCUGGUUUGGCAGGGGGGUCAGUGGAGGGCAGAGGAGGUUCAGGAGGCAGUGUUGGAGGGAACGUCUCUGGUUCUGGGGGUAUGGGUGGAGGAGGAGCACUCGGAAAUGGCAAUGGCUGUGGGGGGCAAGGCGCGGGACUGGCAUUGGACGGUGUCUGCAGGGACUUCAUACGUAACGUUUGCAAGAGAGGGAAGCGCUGCCGCUUUAGACACCCAGACUUUAAUGAGGUCCCAGACUUGGGAGUGCAAAAGAACGAGUUCAUCUUUUGUCAUGACCACCAGAAUAAGGAGUGCAUGCGCUCCAACUGCCGCUUUGUCCAUGGAUCUAAAGAGGAUGAGGACUAUUACAAGAAAACUGGAGAGUUACCCCUCAGACUAAGAGGGAAAGUUGCAGCACGGCUGGGUCUGUCCCCCAUGGAUCUCCCCCAUAGCCGUGGAGAGGUUCCAAUCUGCAGAGACUUCCUGAAGGGAGAGUGCCAGAGGGGCAAUAAAUGUAAAUUUCGCCAUGUCAAAAAAGACUAUGAAUAUGAACCUUCCAGGGUUGGAGUGGGUGGUGUCAUGGGGUCAUGUGCUAGUGGAAUGGUGAAUGCUGGAGGGCUGACAGGUGGUGGAGGAGGAGGCGCCUGUGGAGGAAUGCAAGGACUUGUGGGAGGUGGGGGUGGGAGUAACAUGAUGGGAACAGGCUGCCCCAGCUUAGGUGGUUGCAGAGAUCCAGGUAUCUCAGGAGUUGGGGGAGUAGGUGGAGGUGGGAUAAGUGGCUGUCUGUCGUUAAGUUCUUCAGGACAACGACGAUAUGACAGGAGCACGUGCUCAGUGUAUGACCCCCUGCUUGAGAGUGGGCUGUUUGAUGCUGGGUCCCUGGAGGCCUCCAUGGACCACACCGCUCUACAGCUGAAGAGGAGGCGACUGGAGGGGCUGCGGCUGGCGGACGGGAGCGGAGGUGGGCACUACGAGUUGGGUGUUCAAGCCACCUUGCCACCUCGUCCUCUGGAGUACAGAUUCCUGGAGGAGGAAAAUUCCCUGCUGAGGAAGAGAGUGGAAGAGUUGAAGAAGCAGGUUUCCAAUCUCAUUGCCACAAAUGAGGUUCUCCUGGAGCAGAACGCCCAGUUCCGAAGCCAGGCCAAGGUGAUGACGCUCUCUUCCACUCCUGCCCCCACUGAGCAGAGUCUGGCGCCCCCUGUAGGUGCUGUAAGUUCUUACAAUCAUAGCAUCGCCCAGACUCACACCACCCUGAGCAGCGCUGGACUUCAGCCUCGGCCUGUUACCCAGCAAGACCUGGUAGCUCCCACCGGUGCUCCUGCAGCGCCUCCGACUAAUGCAGCUCCGCCUACGGCUCCUCCGCCACACCUCAACCCAGAAAUAACCCCCUUGUCAGCUGCCCUUGCACAGACCAUUGCUCAAGGCAUGGCCCCUCCUGUUUCUAUGGCACCGGUGGCUGUUUCUGUGGCACCGGUAGCAGUAUCCAUGACACAGCCUCUGCCUGGCAUCACGAUGAGUCACGCCACCACCCCGAUGGUGUCGUACCCCAUUGCGAGUCAAAGCAUGAGGAUCACGACUCUGCCUCACUGAGAAACUGCCGGACUGUAGUAGCCAUGAGUCAGUCUGUAGCAUCCUUAAUGGGAUCUUAGGCUUAGAUGUUCUCUUUUUCUGUGUACGAGACUCAGCUGAUGACAAAGCAGUGACAGCAACGAGAAAUAGACUCUUACAUUUCGCCACCAGGGGGCAGAAUAGACAGUUAUCGCCCCGAAAUUCCAACUAUGUGUUUGGUGUCAACAUUACAAACAUGUUUUUCCUGCAGACUGACUGAGCUGUGAACUCUGACAAAGGUCUGUGUACCAAAGGGAUCUUUACACCCACAGACACCAAAAAUGACAACAAACUGAAAAUAUGUGAAUUCAUGCGUAGUGUUUGAACCAUUUACACAAGACUGCUGUGAAGACAUAACGACGUUCGAAGCAGUUUGUGUUUCUAUUUUUGUGGAGUGCUCUGGUGUAAAUUAAAUUUGGUACUUUGCACAUUUAAAAAAAAAAAACAACCACUCAACAAUGAA